UCUCGUUCACCUGUUGCUCGUGCAUACAGGAAGAAGAGAAACUAGUUGUAUUGGACAAGUUGUUUACAUUGAGCUGUUUAUUUAUAUAUAUAAGAUUAUUUGAUGGAUAAAUUAAAGAAAGUUCUAAGCGGACAGGACGGAAAUGAUGAUCUGAACGUGCUGCAGGGAGCUGAUGAGGCGAUCACGCUGGGAUGGGGAACACGUGUCAAGGCUUUUAUUGCCUGCUUUGUUUUAGGAGUCGCCUGUUCCAUCCUGGGAUCCUGUUUGCUCUGGGUUCCUAGAAAAGGAAUCAUCUUGUUCGCCGUCUUUUACACCUUUGGAAACAUCGCCUCUCUCCUAAGCACGACUUUCUUGAUGGGUCCGUUGAAGCAGCUGAAAAAGAUGUUUGACAAGACGAGAGCGCUGGCAACAGCCGUCAUGAUUACAUGCCUUGUGUUGACACUUUGCUCUGCAUUCUGGUGGAAAAUCCCAGGCCUCGUUGUGCUUUUCUGCAUCCUCCAGUUCCUGGCUUUAACUUGGUACAGCUUGUCAUAUAUUCCAUUUGCAAGGGACGCGCUGAUUAAGAUGUUCUCCAUGUGUUUCAAGUGAUGUGUAGUGGCGUGUGGAGCUCGGACCUCUCUCGCCCCACCACUCUCUCUCUCUCUCUCUCUCUCUCUCUCUCUCUCUCUCUCUCUCUCUCUCUCUCUCUCUCCCUCCCCUGAUGUCGCUUCAGUUCUGCUCUGCCCUGAAUCCCCACUGCUAGUGCCCACUCGAGCGCCCACUCUACUACCUGACAGACACACACGCUGCAGGUGUGCGUUUCCUCUCCUGAUGCCUGGGUGCUCACCAGGAAUGUCUAUGAACACACACAUUCUUUUUUACAUGUCAGUGAAGGAAUCAAAUGACUCAGAGGUGCAUUAGGUAAAAAUUUAUGGGGAAUAUUGGUUUCUAAUGGUUAAAAAGUUUGAAUGAGGUUUUUUUUUUUUUUUUGUUUUGUUUUUUUUUUUGAGAAAAAAAUCCCAGCCCUGUUCACAAAACCUUCCAUUGGUUCAGUAAAAGUCAUUAAUAAGUCAUGACUUCUCAUUUACUGUAAGUACACUUGGAUCUUCGACUGCUUGAAAGCUGGAAAGUUACAGCAAGAUUACGAGCAGCGAAAUUCUCAUAAUGAUUAACGAGGAGGUGAAGGGGCAAAGCAGGGCGAAUGUCUGUGAAAUGACUAAAAAAGGGCAAAGCCUAAUCCAAACAGCACAGGAAGCCAGGUUUCCACACUGUUCUAUGAAAAUGGUAGAUUUUUUUAUUAAUCAUUUCUACAUAAUGUUCCUUUAAGUGAUGAGUUUAGUCAGAAAUUGCACUUGUGUGCAUCAAGAUGCCUUUUGAAUGUUCAAUUAUGCAAGAGAACAUUUUUAUAAAUCGUAUAAAGGUUGCUGUAUAAAUUGUUUUUUUUUUUGUUUGUUUGUUUUUAUAAUAACCUACCAGAUCUAUUUAUUCUUAAAUAAUCUAUUGUGUUUAAUUGUUUUGGUCAUAACAUUUGACAGUGCUAAUUUAACCCCAUUUAGGGAUUAGAUUAGAUCAGAUUAGAUCAGAUUAGAUCAGAUUAAGCCUAAUUGUUUUCUAAAUCUGGAUACUUAAGAUUGAAUGUAACAUUCUCAACCCUACAGCGGUUAGGAUGUAGGUUUUAUUAUUAUUAUUAUUAUUAUUAUUAUUAUUAUUAUUAUUAGUUUCUUGUCGUUUUUGUUACUGACGCUCUGUUAUUUUCUCUGUUUAUAUAAUUGAUUUCUGCUAGUACCAUUUCCUGUUGGACAUGUCCACCAAGCCCUUUACUGCCUUUUGUAAACACUUUUGUAACUGCUGGUCUUUUGCCAGACCAGAGAUUCCUGUGUGUGAUAUGAGACUGAAAUAUCUGUGAGAAGAAAAAGAAAGGCCUGCAUUUUUCUUCUGCUGCUUGCACUUAAGACUGGAUUUCAAUUUCAGAAGAAAAUCCUGUCGUUUCCUCAGCAGCGUAGUAGUUUUUAAGCUCGACAGCUCUGGGAACACUGGAUAAAUCCUGCACAAGGACAUUUCUUUUCCUGCUGUCUUGUUAAAGAUGUCCAUGUCUCAUCAUUCUUCAUUACUUGUACAUUACAGAUGAGUGUCUGGGUUUUUCACUCUUUUUUUUUUCAACAGGGUAUCUUUUAUUCCAUGUUAUUUAAUUAUUGAUCAUCUGUAUAUUGAAGCUCGUUUUCUGUGUAACACGUGUAACACGUCUUCAGCCUUCUUGAACAAAUCUAAUUAAAGUCGUAUUUAAAUCUG